AUGCGCGCUCGUUUAUAUCUACAUGGCGAUGGUAAUGCUCGUCGUACACAUUUGUUACUCUUUUUUGUACUCAUGCGAGGUGAACAUGAUGGGCUCUUGAAGUUUCCGUUCAACUACAAGGUCACAUUUUGUUUGUAUGACCAAACUCCGGCACAACGACAUAUCAUCGAUUCGUUUCGGCCUGAUAUUAAAUCCAAUAGUUUUCAACGACCACGCUCUGAUAUGAAUAUCGCGAGUGGUAUACCGAAGUUUUUUCCUUUGACAAUGAUUGAACAAGAUGGAAAUCCUUAUGUUCGAGAUGAUACAAUGUUCAUCAAAAUAAUGGUCGACUUCGGCGAUAUAUCGAAAACAUUGUUGCCAUACGCUGUAAGUCUUAAUCCUGGUCUGCCAACUUAUAUUCAGCAAAUCAUGAUUAAACAGGAAGCAGAGAGACGGGCUCAACAAACUUCUACUUCACCAGAUUUAUUACGACAGCAUACUGAAUAA